AUGGUCGUUUUGGAAGGGGAUGGAGAUACACAACCUAUAUCAACUGAAGAAGUAGAUAAGUCUGAUUCCAAGAUUUCUAAUUCAUUAUCAUUAGAAAUCUUUCGCAUCAUCAAAGAUGCCCAACAGCAGCAUGGAUUAAGACAUGGUGAUUAUCAGAGGUACAGAGGAUAUUGUUCUCGUCGAAUUAGGCGCUUACGGAAAGUUUUAAAAAUACCACAGGGAGACAGACGCCAUUACCGCAGGCGAGAUAUAACAUCCAGUCAUUUAACAUCUGCAAAUUCUGAAAAUCGUCUGCUGUGUGUACCAUUGCUACAAGCCGAGAGGGCCUGGGCUCAUGCUAUGCAACUGAGACAAGAAGCUAAUACUGAGCCACGGAAGAAGUUUCAUCUAAUUUCCCGUUUGAAGAAAGCAUGCUCCCAUGCUCACAUUCUCUUGCAGCUGUGCGAGGAAAGCGGUGUUUGCGAUGCCCGUACGCAACUCGAAGCUGGGGCUUAUGCGGCCUGGUUGAGUGGAGCUUUGUUGGUUGAAUUGCAACAGUGGAGACCGGCAGCUGAGAGCCUCAAGCGAGCGCAGAUUGUUCUUGAGAAGUUGUGUGCCGCCCUUCCGGAAGAUGAACGCCUUGUCUAUAAACAGAAGGUGGAAGAACUUAAUCCAAGCCUCCGUUACUGCGCCUACAACAUAGGCGAUGAAUCCGCUGCUGGUGAUUUGGUUGCGAUGCGCGGUCAAGGGCUGAUUGAGAACUUGGACUCACUAAUGGCUCAAGCAAAGGAGUCUCGUUCGGGAAUCAUGCAUGAGGUCGAAUGGCGCGGCCGUCGGGUCACCGUGCGACCAGAGAAAGUUCGCCUUUUCCUUAUCGCACUCCAGGACAUGGACAAGUCCAUCGCUAACGCCACAACCAUCCAGGCAAAAAUUGAUAUCCUUGAAAACGUGCUCAUGGACUGCAAAGACGCCAUAUCCGCUAUAAAGGACGAGUUCAAAAACGAUCCUAAGCUGAAGAGCUCCUCGGAGACCCAGAUGUCGAGCAUCAACUAUCUGCUGUCGUACAUGAUGUAUCUCCGUCUCGUUCGCACGAUCGAGCGAAACAAUCUGAUGAUUCAGCAAGCGGAGGAAGCGAAAAAGAACAACAUCCCGAUGGACGGUAAGAAGGUACGCCCGCAGGAUUUGACCAGGCUAUACGAGAUCAUUCUGCAAAACUACACGGAACUGCAGCAACUGCCAGGCUUCGAAAAUGACGGUAGUUAUCAGCAAGAAAUUGAAAUGGAACUAAAAGCGUACAAAGCUUUCCGUUGCUAUUAUAUCGCGCAAGUGUUGACCGGUUUGAGACGGUUCAGGGAAGCGCUCGCUAUGCUGGAGCGAUGCAGCAGCUAUGUGGCCGAAUCCGUUAAGAAUAAACACCUGGAUAAGCGGAUAUUGGAGAAACUACGUAGUCUAGAGAAGGAUAUUGAGAGCUGCAAAUUUGAAGUGCACGCGGAUUCUGUUUUGGAAGAUGAAGAGGACGACGAAGAAAAUAAAUACAGCGGCAAAGUCUACAAAGACAAGAAACCUUUGGUCGAUCGUUUGGACGAUUACCGCGAGGACACGCAAGUGCUCACCAAGAAUCCAAACAUUUACAAACUACCCCCGCCGAUGGAGGCCGUCCCCUGCAAACCGUUGUUCUUCGACCUUGCGUGCAACUUUAUCGAGUUCCCGAAUUUGGAGGACAAAACCGGCGUCUCCAAGAAACAAGGUGCGGGUAUCACGGGAUUGGUUAAAGGUUUCCUUGGUUGGGGCAAGGGCGGUCAAUGA